UCCCGCCUGGUGGUCUCGUGGUCUGACACGGGUGCAGUACAGAUUCGGGUUCCUGUAGUGCGACACGGCGGCAGUAGUUUCUUUUCCAUCUGCCGAGCUUCUACGAACACAAUCGUCUAGAUACACUCUUCUACAGAGUCUAAUAGAGUCAGAGUCUUUCUUUUCCCGCAGCCUGGUAGCACUGGCUUAGCAGUUCUUUUGCGCAUGUCGUAGUAGCCGUUUUCCUUCUCCGGUAGUUUCGGAGUGGCGUUAGAUACUAUCCGUUAUGUACAUCCCUAGGAGCCCCCGAGUGGCGUCUGCGAGCUACAACAUCUCCGUGCGGCGCGCGCGCGGCGCGACGUACGUGCUGGCGGCGUUUUUCCUGGCGGCGUUUAUCCUCGUCUCCAAGGAGUCGCCACACGCCCGGCGACACCACCACCACGGUCGCCACGGUCGCAGCGGUCGCCGGUCGCACCAUCGCACGAUCGACUUCGGCGAAGGGACUAUAUCGAAGCAGCGGUUUAAUCAGAAUCUUGGUUAUGGCGGGGAUGGCGGGGAUGGCGGGAAACAGGAGAGUGGUGGUUUCGGAGAUGCUGACGUGGCGAAGCUUGAUUCGCUCUCUUCCGAGGUGUUCACAGAUUCGAAAUCGCCUCCGCCCGUGAUGCCGGUACUGGAACCGUCAGUGCGGCCGACUCUGCCGUCUGGUCUAACAUCCGUCGAUGACGACGACGUUGGAGAACGUCAGGAGACAAAAACGGAAUCGGAGACGGAGACGGAGACGGAGACGGAGACGGAGACGGAAACGGAAACGGAAACGGAGACGGGAAGGAAAACGGGAACGGAAAAGAAGAAGAAAGGGGAGACUGCCUUUAGCGAGUUGGAUGCUUCAAGGCAAUCUGUGGGUCGGUCCGACUUGCUGAGGGCAGGGGGAGCGGAAGAGAGGGUGGCGGAAGCGGAGGGGGAAGCGGAGGGGGAAGCGGAGGGGGAAGAAAAAGGGGAGGGUGAGGCGGAAGAGGAAGGGCUGUUGAGGCAGGGGACGAAGAAGAAGGGAGCAGAGGAGAGUGGUCGAGAGGAGGAUGAGGAUGACGAGAGCGCGGAGAAGGAGAGCGGAAAUAAGGAGAGCGCGGAGGAGGAGAGCGCGGAGGGGAGGGGAGCGGAAGUUGGGGAAGAUAGUGAGGGGAGAAGAAGUGCAAGGAAGGGCGGCGGAGGAGAGGGGGAUGAGGAGGAGGAGGAGGAGGAGGGAGAGGGCGAGGGAGAGAGAGAGGUAGGAGAUAAGAGCAAGGGAGGCAAGCCUUCUGGAGGGUUUGAUUAUGACGAUGGGGUGGGGGGGUUUGACUAUGACGAUGGGGUGGAGGGGAGGAGUGGUGAGGGGGAUAAAGGGGGGGCAAAGGAGAGGGCUGGUGAUGGUGAUGAUGGCGAGAUUGAGGAGGUGCCUAGAGGAGCGCUUCAGAAGACGAUGAAGAGGGAUGCAGUGCGGUACGAUGAGGAGGAUGAGGGGGAGGAGGGGGGGGAUGGGGGGGAGGGGGAGGAUGCAGAGGUCGCGGGUAGGACAGGGAAGAGGAAGAGCAAGAGAGAACAGAGUGAGGAGGAGGAGGUAGAAGAGGAGGAGAGGGAGGAGAGGGAGGAGAGGGAGGAGAAAGAGGGGAGGACGAAAGGGGUGCAGGAAGGGAUGCUUGGGGGAAAGGAGAGUGGUGCUGAUGAUGAGGAGGAGGAUGAGGGGGGGGGGACGCAACAGGUGCAGGAGAAAUCUCGGAGGGAGGGGGCAGAAGCGCACGUAGUUGCUGCUGCUGCUCGGGGUGAGGAGGGGAAGGAGGGGGGAGAAGCGCCAGCGCUGGUGCCAGUAUAUGAAACCAUACACGGGAGAGAGGUGGUCUGGCAGGUGCCACGUGGCGAUCUCCCAUUGGCCGGCGUGGCCUUCUUCGCCCACGGGUGCACACACCGAGCCACCCACUUCUGGCCACCUCACGCCAGCUGCCCCUCGUGCGUGGGUCUGCCUGAGGACAUGGCCCUCGUGCAGCACGCGCUCAAGAGGAGAUUUGCCGUCAUUGCCAUUUCCAGCCUCUCCACCUGUUGGGAUACCUCCUUUCCUCCAGAACGCUCCCUCGACAUCCCUCCGGUCGUGCAAGCUCUCACCACGUGGCGGCAGCGCCAGCAAUGCCAUACCCUCCCCCUCUUCGCCCUAGGGGCCUCUUCCGGUGGCUACUUCAUCUCGCUAUUAGCACAUGCUGUAGAUCUCCAAGCACUCGUUAUCAUCAUAUCCAGUGGUGUCAGAAAGGCGUUUGACUUGCCGCUGCCCUCGGGGCGGCCAUACCCGCCGACCCUUUUCGUCCACAUGCCUAAAGACGAGCAGCGCGCAGAGGCGAUCGAACGAGCGGUUGAGAACCUCCGAUCGAAAGGGGCCGAAGCGGGGCAGAUCUCGUGCCUGGAGAAGAGGCUCGGGCCGAGCUUCCUAUCGGACCGGAUACCGAACCUGUCCCCAUCAGCUUCGGAACGGAUUUUCCAAGCCUUAAAGCAGGGAGGGGUAGUGGGGGAGGAUGGGAGGAUGGUUCGGGAUGGCAGGAGGUCCGGGUGGGUGGCUGUACUGCAGAAAGAAGGGGUUAUGGAUGAGCUAGAAGAAAUUAGCAGGAGGUAUCAGAGUUAUCAGAGGAGUGAGAGAGGGGCAGACGAGAGGGCAGGGGGGGGCGAUGGGGAGGAGGAGGAGGAGGGGACGGAGGGAAGCAGUGAGAGUGGGGGCAUGGAGGCGUUGCAAGGUGCAAUAGAGGAGGAGCUGAAUGUGGCUUACGCGUACCAUGAGAUGACGAGCGAGCAUGCUCUCGCCAUGAUGGACUGGCUUCAAGGGGCGUGCGGCGGUGACAGCAGCAUCAGCAGCAGCAGUACCACCAGCAGCAGGAGCACCGGUGCUAGUGGGCGGUGUGUGUAUAGCUAGCACAACCUGCGCAGCGUAGUGGGGACGGGCAGCGCUGCAAGGUGCAAUAGAGGAGAAGUUGAAUGUGGCGUAUGCAUGCCAUGAGAUGACGAGCGAGCAUGCUCACGCCAUGAUGGACUGGCUUCAAGGGGCGUGUGUGUGGUGACAGCAGCUGCAGGAUCAGCAGCAGCAGCAGCAGCAGCAGCAGCAGCAGCAGCAGUGCUAGUGGGCAGUGGUGUGUGUACUACUAGCCCAAGGUGCAUGUCGUAGUCGGUGCAUGGAAGCAUUGCAAUAAGCAGUAAGGAGCUCAAGUAAUUAGCUCAGGGAGCCCAACCUCGACUAGUGUUGGAAAUAUAGGUACUAAAAUAAACAUAUGAAUUAUGGAACUACGCUAGAGCAAUGUAGAGAGACUUGGUUGGGUUGGGAAAACUUGUAGUGAGUCACCUCCCAAACGCUUCUAGGUUGGGUUGCCAUUUGGUUGGAUCACACAUUUGGAUUGCAUGGUUCUUAUGUACAAGU